AUGCCGGAUAGCAAAGGUCCGUUGGCCAUAUUAAUUGCUUGCUUCUGUAUUUUGAUAGAGGGCAGAGCAGAGGGUGAAGAGCUUGAAACCAAACCAACCACUGUGGCCCAAGUGCAAGUUGAGCCCAUUGCAAGCACAAAAUUAACGCCCAGUGUGUUGGAGGAGACAAAGGGUAAAACGGAGAAACGUGAUUCAUCGGAUCAAACAGAUUCUGUGUAUGCCAUCAAACCGAGCAAAGAUGGACCCUUCCGACCCAUCUAUGCAUCACCAUCAUCAUCAUCAUACCCUUAUGAGGGCGAAAGUGCGCCCAUAUUUCAGCCCACAACUGUACGCUAUACGGCAGCCGAGGCAGCACCACAAAACUAUUAUGAGAAACCGGAGAAUGGCGGUGGUGGCGGAAUUCGGUAUACACCUGUAUUGCCAACGGCACUGCCCACAACCGGAGGAGGCCAGCAUCAUCAUCAUCGAUUUGGAGUGCCGGGUACGCCGCAUCGUUUCAGUUUUGCUGCGCCACCCCAAGUGGAACUUUAUCAGCGACCUGCGGUCAACUAUGUUGACCCUAAUCCAGAGGUGAGCCCAAGCAUUUCGUAUGAGCGUGCUGGACCACCGCAGCAAUACCACUUAACCGCUGCUGUACAACCAUCGUCACCGUCAUCUCCAUCGCCACCACCACCACCAUCUGCAGUGCCUCAGGAACAGUAUAUUACCGCAAUUCAUCCAAAGUACCACCCGUUGCAGCAGCAUCAAGAGCAAGUGACACUUGCAGUUCCCCCCGGCCAACGUUUUCAGUACAUUAUAGCCAUACCAAUGGCUUAUAUGAAGAAAUUUGAGCAGCAAUUGUUAGCACGGCAAAGUCAAUAUAAGAGCACCAGCACCACUUCAACCACUACAAGUACACCUGCACCACCAUCGACCACUGCCCUAAGCCGACAACCAAUUAUUCAACAAUUCGGCCCAUUGGCCCGUGAUCAUCAGGGCCUGUAUAGGCCCUAUUAUCAAGCGGAGGCUGCUAGUGCACCACCAACAGCAGUUACACAACCACCACAACAGCAGAUUCUGCAGAUACCCGCCAGUCUUUUACUAGCAGCCAUCCAGCAAUUACAGCAACAGCAACAACAGAACCAGCAACAAUCGCUCUAUGCGAAACCCUCAGCAGCAACUGUCUAUCAACCACUUGUCUAUCAGCAACAUUCGGCGCCGACACCACAACUGCAACAAUUGCAACGAGUCUAUCAACCAGCAGCAAUUUACAAUGAUCAUCCAUCUGGAGCCUCUUUGUAUGCAUAUACACAACAGCAACAGCAACGUAUCAAACAGCAACACAAAUACACGCCAGCAGCUCCUUCCGUUGCAACACCAUCGGCACCAACGGCAACAAUAGCACAUCAGCAACAGCAACUACUGCCCAUCGUACACUACAAUCCAAUUUAUGUGCAGGGGCCACCCAUCGAACAGCAGCAUCAAUUUGCCAUAUCGCCACGUUUUAGCAAUAAUAUCCCAAAGGCGGCUUACAAUCUAGCGCAUGAAUCAACGCCACCAAUUCAAGUUGUCAGAUUGUCAGCAGCGAACGCACCACCCGUACACCAUUAUCAUCACUACCAAGCCAUGCCUGGACCAAUGCAACAACAAUUCUAUCAUGCCCCCCAGCAAUAUGUGUCGCCAUACGUUGAAGGAGGAACCCCAGCUGUUGCUGGUGCUGGUGCUGGCCCUGGUCCUGCUACUGGUGCAGUCUCAGCCGCAGCCUCACCAGCCAUUAUACCAUAUUUUAGCCAUCCGGGUGCCGUGCAUUAUGGCACGCAUUUGUAUCACCCCUUGGCAACGGCAACGGCCAUAACAGCAACAUCUAGCCCAAAGCAACAAACGUCGACAGCGACAGUAACCGCAACAAGUGGAGGACAUUUACCAGGUGGCAGCAAAGCAGCACUAUUGCCGGCCGCAGCGAAUAUUGUGAAAUAUCCCUAA